AGCGGGCUGUGAGACAGAGGAGAGGGGAGGCAGGAGGGCUCUGUGUGUUUGUCUGCUCGGUUUUGGUUGGAAAGACUUAAAGCGGAGUUUAUUGAGAGGGGCAGGUAUCCGACAGAAAGCAGAAAAGUUUUUCAACGCGGGAUUUGAGCGUCGCGAAGGGGAUUAUAACCUCAAACUGUCAGCAGCCAUGGAUGAGAGGAGAAACUCGGAGGUGAGUGGGCGGUUUGCAGACAAACAUGACUGCCAACAAGAGUUCGAAGGCUGCGCCUCGUGCAGGAGGGGGUAAAGCUCCGCGGGACAUCCCCGACAGGUGCCAGUCUACAUCGCCGUGCCCUGCUCUCGCUGCCAGUCAGGGGCAGAGCCAGCAGCCUCUCCUCAGCGACGGUGAGAACUCUGGGAAGCAAAGCAGGUACGUCAGGACUGACGGGAGGUUCCUGGUACGUGCUGGCUGGAGCAGCAAGACCCUGUGCAGUGGUGCGUCUCUCACAGGUGACACCGACUUCCAAGGCCGUCUCACCAAGUCAAAGAGCAUCAGCUGCCUGGACAACAGGCUCUCCAUCUAUAAGCCCCCGAGUCAGACCAAGUCCUGUCAGGAAAGUCAGGAGCAGAAGGAGAAACAAGGGGAUCUCUCCUCGGGCGAUGGACUUAAUGGUCGUCCCCUGAGCUGGAGCACACUCUCGCUGGGACCUUCCUCCAGCCAAAGCCACAGACGCACCCUUUCUCUCACCCGCUCAGUAGCAGGUGUUCCCCCCGCCACAAUCCGCAAAAAGAUCUCAGAAUGGGAAUGCCGCAGGGUGUCUCUGCCUAGGAUGAGCUUGUGUCUAGAUAAAAGAGGAGGAGAGCGUGUAGGGGGCAGUGAGGGCUGCCCCAGCCUGCUCUCUUCUCCCUGUAGUGAGAAAACGUUUGACUUUAAGGGGGUUCGCAGGAUGAGCACAGCUUUCUCAGAAUGUUCCUACACAGAGGAAGAGGAAGGAGUUUCAGACAAAGACGGCCUAGGUCGCUUCCAGAAAAGGACAGGCAAAACAGAGUCGUCAGGAGCAUUUGUACGUUCCCUGUCGGCUCGGAAGGAGACAUCAGCGGUUCUCAACAGGAUACAAAAGAUAGAGCAGGCCCUGAAGGAGAACCCCAGCCCAUCCCCUCCACGUUAUCUGAGUAAUUGCUAUGCUCCUGACAAGACAAGACAAAAGUCUUUUGUUAUUGGUGACGACUUGGACAGUACAUGCACCAGUAAGCGCAGCAGCAUUUGCUCAGUGGCCACAGAACCAGAUGCUGUUUUGGUGUCUGAUAAGCUCUCUAAACUCAGACAAAGAUUUAGUGUGAGCUCAGUCAGGUCUGAGAGCCCAGAACCACCGAGCCAGCAGACCUCUGUCGGCACACCGGUCAACCCCUUACCUAAGCCCAAACGCACUUUUGAGUACGACGCCAAACGAGACCAGAAGGGUGUGUCACCAGCUAAUGGACUACCUCCAAACAGAACCUCUGAGUCUCCCCCGCCUCUGCCCUCGACCCCUGCACCCAGCAUGACACGAACGGUGAAGAUCGAGGGGAGCGCCCCAGUGAGGUCGCAGGACAGGGAGUCGUGUGAGUCGGAGGAUGCUACGAGUCUGCCAUCUUCAUAUCCGUCCUCACCCACAGAGAAUGGCACGUUAACCACAGACACACGGAGCCGACCCACUUCCAAAAGCACUUUAGAGGAAAAUGCCUAUGAGGACAUAGUAGAGAAGGAGAACCCAUAUGAGGAUGUUGACCUGAAGCGGAAGAGUUUGGGUCGGAAGUCGUGUCUGGUGGAGAGCAACAGAUCGUGGACCACCAUGGACAGGAAGCUGAACUCUCCACCUCAGUUGCCUUCCAAACCCAGUAGCCAGUCCCUACGCCUCCCUGGUCCAUGUGACAGAAAGAGCCACCGGAUGUCACAGUUGUCCAAACGCUACAGCCACGAUGAAAUGCUGCUGCUCCACCAGAGGGGUGUAUCAACGUCACCUUGUGGCCUGCUGGAUGAUAGCCUCUCUAGCACCACUGAUACUAUGGCCUCACGCAGGCACUGGAGGAUCCCCAAGCUGGUCCAGAGGAUCAACUCCAUUUACUGCACUAAACGUGGGAAGAAGAGGCUGAAGAAGCUGUCCAUGUCCAAUGUUGAGACUGCAUCUCUGAGAGAUGACAACAGUGAGAGUGAGAGUGACUCUGAUGACAGGUUCAAAGCUCACACCCAAAGGUUGUUGAAACUGCAGUCCAUCCUGCGACGUGCCCCCAGCUACCGCACACUGGAGCUGCAGCUCAUCGAGUGGCAGGAGAGAGAACUCUUUGAGUAUUUUGUGGUUGUGUCUUUAAAAAAGAAACCCAGCAAAAACUCCUACUCCCCAGAGGUCACCUACCAGUUCCCCAAGCUAGAGAGGCCCACCAAGCAGAUGAGGGAGGCAGAGCAGAGACUCAAAGCUAUUCCUCAGUUCUGUUUCCCAGAUGCAAAAGACUGGAGUCCUGUGUCUGAGUACGCGAGUGAGACCUUCUCCUUCAUGUUGACUGGAGAGGACGGCAGCAGGAGGUUUGGGUACUGCAGACGCCUGCUGCCGACUGGGAAAGGACCUCGCCUUCCAGAGGUGUACUGUGUCAUCAGCAGAUUGGGCUGUUUCGACUUGUUCUCCACGAUCCUGGAUGAGGUGGAGCGGCGGCGAGGCGUCUCAGCAGCCCUGGUCUACCCCUUCAUGAGGAGUCUGAUGGAGUCGCCCUUCCCUGCACCAGGGAAGAUUAUUAAAGUGAAGACCUUUCUGCCCGGUGCAGGAAAUGAGGUCAUCGAGCUGAGGCGGCCCACUGACUCCAGACUGGAGCACGUGGACUUUGACAGCCUGUUCAGCUGCCUCAGUGUACGGCAGGUGAUACGAGUCUUUGCCUCACUGCUGCUGGAGCGCAGAGUCAUCUUUGUGGCUGAUAAACUCAGUACCCUGUCCAGCUGCAUGCACGCAGUGGUGGCGCUGCUCUACCCCUUCUCAUGGCAACACACCUUCAUCCCUGUGCUGCCGGGGUCCAUGUUGGAUAUUGUUUGCUGUCCCACUCCCUUCCUGGUGGGGCUGUUGUCCAGCUCUUUGCCGAAGCUCAAGGAGCUGCCUGUGGAAGAGGCUUUAAUGGUCGACCUGGGAACUGACCGAUUCAUCCGACAGAUGGACGAUGAGGCCUCGCUGUUGCCGCGGAAACUUCAGGCAGCUCUUGAGCAAGCGCUGGAGCAGAGGAAUGACAUCAUCAAUCAGGACUCUGACAGCGAGUCAGACGAAGAGUAUAACUCCCUGAACAGCCUGGUGUCAGAGGCCUUUAUCCGCUUCUUCCUGGAGACCAUCGGCCAUUACUCCCUGUUUAUCACUCAGAAUGAGCGUGGAGAGCGCAUUUUCCAAAGAGAGGCCUUCCGUAAGUCCGUGGCGUCGAAAAGCAUCCGUCGUUUCCUGGGUGUCUUCAUGGAGUCACAGAUGUUUGCAGGGUUCAUUCAAGAUCGGGAACUGAGGAAGACCCGGGCAAAAGGUCUGUUUGAGCAGAGGGUGGAUCAGUAUCUGGAGGAGCUGCCAGACACGGAGCAGAGUGGAGUCAACAAGUUCCUGCGAGGCCUUGGAAGUAAAAUGAAGUUUCUCCACAAAAAGAACUGAGAGGAAACCAUCCUCCUGUCGUACAGUACAACAAACUGAAGACCUGAUGUCUCAAGUCUCUGCAUAAUGAUGAUUCUCACCUUUUUUUUUAAAAUAAAAAACUUUUGUCAACCUUUUGUAUGUAAAACAUGUACAUACUAUUUCACUGUAAGCUGGCUGUGAUACUCUUCAGUGUAUGUUUAUAGUACCUUACGAGAUAGCGAUAGCAGGACGGUACACAGCGAGUGAGCCGUAGAGUAACCACUGAUGUCCAGGUGUGCUUGUGAAGAGUGUUAUCAGAAUGUGUGAGUGUGUGUGACCUGACAUGGGCAUAGAUGUACAGUUCAUAUGUUUUCUUUUUGCAUUAUUUCACCACAGUGUUGUCCUCUGUUUAAGGAGUGUAAAACCUAUUCGAAAACUGUACAUGCAUCAAGACAAUGAAGAAAAUGAUUGUAACUCUUCAAAGAGUCUUUUGCAAUCUUUUAUUAAAAAAUGUAGUUAAAAUGC